AGAGAGAGAGGGAGAGAGAGAUGGAAGCACUUGUAGCAGCGAAACCAGUGAUCAACGUCGCCGCUCUCUGCGGUUCUCUUCGCAAGGGUUCAUUCAAUCGCAGCCUCCUCCGUUCAGCUAUAGCGAUAAGCAAGGAAUCGAUAAAGGGUAUGAACAUAGAGUACAUUGACAUAUCGCCAAUCCCGUUUCUGAACAUUGAUCUCGAGGUCGACGGAGCUUUUCCUCCGCCCGUAGAUUCUUUCCGCCGGAAGAUUGCUGCUGCCGAUAGCUUUCUCUUCGCUUCGCCUGAGUACAAUUUUUCUGUCACUGGGGAGGUGGAGUUGACUUGGUGUGAAUCCUUGAAGCAUAUCUUCCUUCAGGACAACCACUGCAAUCACCCCUGCUUUUAGCCAUGUGGUAGCUGAGGAUUCUGGAAUAUUAGUCUUUGUCAAUGAAAAAGGGCCUUUAAAGAAUGCGAUUGAUUGGGCAUCUAGACCACCA